GUUUGACGGAGAGCUGGUCACGUGAGAGGGCGCAGUGGUGCAACCGGUUCCUGGUUUCAGAAGCUUUCAGGAAAUAGCUAGUGUGGGGUCUCUGGCAGGUGCAGAGGGGGUCGUAUAGUAGCAAGAAAUGGCGUCACUGUUCAAGAAGAAGACUGUGGAUGAUAUAAUAAGGGAGCAGAAUAAAGAGUUGAGAGGCACACAACGAGCUAUAACCAGAGAUCGAGCAGCCUUGGAGAAACAAGAAAAACAGAUGGAAAUGGAAAUAAAAAAGAUGGCAAAGACGGGUAACAAAGAUGCAUGUAGAGUUCUGGCAAAGCAACUUGUGCAACUUCGUAAGCAGAAAACUCGUACUUUUGCUGUAAGUUCAAAGGUUACGUCCAUGUCAACACAAACCAAAGUCAUGAGCUCUCAGAUGAAGAUGGCAGGUGCAAUGUCCACUACAGCAAAGACAAUGCAAGCAGUGAACAAAAAAAUGGAUCCACAGAAAACCCUUCAAACAAUGCAAAAUUUCCAGAAGGAAAACAUGAAAAUGGAAAUGACUGAGGAGAUGAUAAAUGAUACAUUGGAUGACAUUUUUGAUGCGUCCGAAGAUGAAGAUGAAAGUCAAGACAUUGUAAAUCAAGUACUGGAUGAAAUUGGCAUUGAAAUUUCUGGAAAGAUGGCAAAAGCACCAUCAGCAGCAAAAGGAUUACCAUCUGCACAAGCUUCAAAAUCUUCAACUAUUUCAGAUGAAGAAAUUGAGCGACAACUUAAAGCAUUGGGUGUAGAUUAACAUUUUUCAUUCUCAAGUCUGUGUGUGUAUAUAUACGUAUAUAUAACCAAUAUUCUUCUGGUGGAAUCUAUGUGAACUUGAAUAUAGCUACAACUAAAACCAUUCAGGACCUGCUUUAAAGGAGUGAUAUAUAUUUUAAGAAGAUACAAGAAUCAUCACGUGUAUUUAAUUUUUUUUUUUUCUAAUGGACCGUUUCUGUGAUAUAAAUUCUGUGUAUAAAACACUAACCUUUGCAUUCGAAUUGCAUUUUAUCUGAAGCACUGCUUGAACCUAGAAUUUCUAAUCGGCUGUGAAGAGUGGAUAAAUACAUAAUAACAAUAUUACAAUUACAAGUUGAUGUGGGAGGAAAACAACAAACAUGGUCUAGUUUAGAAAAUGAUCAGAAAAUGAUAGCAUACUUUAUUUCUCUGUGUCAUAGAAUAUAUGUGCAUGUUAGCCUGGUCUCCUAAACUGCAUGACUCCUGCAUCAACACAUUUCUUUGGGGAUAAUUGUUGGAAAAUAAUAUUGCCUGUCUGCUCUUACAAUUAUGUAGUCUGUUUUACAGUUUAAGUUAUUGAUUCAUGGCACCUUACUCAAUAUAGAUUAGAGAUUAAAUAUUGCUUGUAUUAAAGUUUGUUUUGUAUAAACUUCUUUUCAUAUAACACAGAAUCAAGAAUCUUUAAUCCUCAUACUAUAGAAUAACUGACUAGGAAUAUUUAAAAUUUUGGGACUAAAAUAUUCUAAAAUUAUGUGGAAUUAAAGUAUAUUGAAUAGGAAAAAGGUACUUGGAGCAAUCUUAAAUUUGUUUAAAUAUUAGGUUAUGUGUGGAUACUGGUAUUUUUUAUAAUUCUGUAAACCAUUUCGCACAUUACAUGAAAAUAAGAUUUCAUACCUUCUGAGUACAUUCAUCAUUAGUUUGCUUUUAUUUCCCUUGUUUUAAAUAGUAGCUUGAAAUUGCUUUUUUGCAAACUAAGCAAAUGGAAAAUCCUAAUUUAAUAUACUUUUUAUGUGACGUAAACCUCUCAUUUGUGUGCCUUUGUAAAUAAAAGCCUUAUCAUAACUUUGUACAACUGUCUAGUAAUAUUCAUGGUUCUUGAAUUUUAAGGUGUAAACAUGUUUUUGAACUACAUAUUUUAUAAAGAAGUGUUUCUUUAAGUGUAGCUAGUUAUAUGCAAUUGAUAAACAAUAAAAAUAAUUUUUUAUA